GUUCUACAUGGUGGUAGACCUCCAGGAGGCAAUAAAGGACACGUUUGACUUCCACAGGAAUUUUUUUUAAGUAAAUUGCAUCUAGUUCUCAUAUCCUUUCCUUGCAGUUUACCAGGUCUUUGAAAGUGUGGCCGAGAAAUAUGAUGUAAUGAAUGAUUCGAUGACUCUAGGGAUUCAUCGAGUGUGGAAGGAUAUCCUUGUGCAUAAAAUGAACCCUUCCCCGGGAACACUUCUUCUUGAUGUUGCUGGAGGAACAGGUGACAUUGCCUUUCGAUUUAUUAAUUAUGUUCGCUCUGUACGAGAACGCCAGCUCCAGCGGAAGCUUAAGCGCCAGCAGAAUUUAUCAUGGCAGGAAAUUGCUGAGAGUUACCAGGAAGAGAAGUUUAAGUCGCUAGGGGAUUCCCAAGUGGUGGUCUGUGACAUUAACAAAGAAAUGUUAAGAGUUGGGAAGCAGAAAGCACAGCAUCUUGGCUAUUCUGAAGGCUUGUCCUGGGUGCUUGGGAAUGCUGAAGAGUUGCCUUUUGAUGAUGAUAAGUUUGAUGUUUAUACGAUUGCCUUUGGAAUCCGAAAUGUAACUCGUAUUGAUUUGGCACUUCAGGAGGCUUAUCGUGUGCUGAAACCAGGAGGAAGAUUUCUCUGCCUUGAAUUUAGUCGUGUCAGCAACCCUCUUCUUUCCAGGCUCUACGAUCUAUACAGUUUCCAGGUUAUCCCUGUUCUGGGUGAGGUUAUUGCUGGUGACUGGAAGUCUUACCAGUAUCUUGUGGAGAGUAUCCGACGUUUCCCCCCUCAGGAGGAGUUUAAGGCAAUGAUAGAAGAUGCAGGAUUUUUUAAAGUGGAUUAUCAGAAUUUAAGCUCGGGCAUUGUUGCCAUUCAUUCAGGUUUCAAACUGUGAGUCUACUAGGUAGCAAAACACAGGAAAUGUAAUUUUCCUGAGGAAUAUGAAGGUUGUGCAAUUUUAAC